CAGAUUAUGGAUUUUAAAUGGCAAACAAAGGUGCACUUUUUAUUUUACAUUCUUUAUGAGCUGUCAAAAUGCUCGAACCGAAGUUAACUCGUUUCUUUCUGCGCCACGCGCUUCUCAUUUUCCUGAUUCUCAUGCUUACAGGUCGAAGUUCUGCCAUUGUUUGCUAUCAUUGCGAUUCCAUUGCCCUGCCGGAAUGUUCCCAGAACCUCGGAGAGGUGGGAGUUCUUCCCUACAAAGAAUGCCCCACCGAACUGACGUGUGCCAUGUCCAUUGUGGACUCUAUAACAUAUCGAGGUUGCGGAGCUGAAACCCCUAUUACCGGAGCCACUUACUCAAAGUCGUGCUCUUCGAACUUGUGUAAUGCCGGUGUGUAUCCCCCGGGACGCCUCAAAUGUCAUCAUUGUGCCGGAGAGGAUUGCGUGGCAGCUCCUGGUGCGAAACCCAAGCCCUGUCGCUAUCAUUUGGAAGAGGAUCAGUGCUACACCGAUGUGAUGAGUUCAACCGAAGCUUAUAGAGGUUGUGUCUCCGAGCAGAAUCACACACUGUCGAGUGCCGCCAAGCUGUGUGAAAUCAAUGGAUGCAAUGAGGAGCAGGGCGCUUGGACUCAAGUUUGCGCCUCAUGCGAUUCUGCUCUUGGCAGGGGUUGCAAAAUGGAUCUCUUUCAGGUGAACACCGGCAAGUGCAAUGUGAGCCUUUACGAGGAAUGCCGACAGGAUGUUCUAUUGGGCGAACCGGAGGACAAGUACUGCUUUAGCUUCCGGAAAUUGAGCCGCGUGGUCAGAGGUUGCUCCUCAAAAAUGCCAACUGAUCUGGAACCCUACUUGGACGAACUAGAAAAAUGCAGAGACAGUGAAAACUGCAAUGCAGGUUGCAUUACACGGCAAAAGUGUUUAUCCUGCAACUCGGUGGAUCAGGAGUCUUGCAGGACGAAUGUUACUGCCAUUACUAACAGCACUUGUGCCUCCGCCGAGGCCUCCUCUUGUUUCUCCUGUGAGUAUUCCAACUGGAGUAUCCAAAGAGGUUGUGGAGCACCACCCACAAAUCCAGAGAUCACAAAAUGCUACGAAUGCGAUGAAAAAGAUGGCUGUAAUUACAGGGAUUUCACCCGGUGCUACAAAUGCAGCACCGAUGAAGCAGGAGCAGGCUGUGCCAACUGGGAGAGACCGGGGGAAAUAUACAUCGAGGAAUGUGAGGAACCAGCCACUUCGUGCCUAGUGGUUUCUUUUACCAACGGAACCACUGCGAGAGGCUGUCAGAAAUCAGAAUUCAGCUGUACUUCAGCAAAUAUGGCCAACUGUCGUUCCUGCGAAGGCAGCUUCUGCAACAAAGGAGCCUUUCCCGAGGACCGUCUCUGGUGUCAUCAGUGCAAAGGAAACGAGGAUUGUGAAGAUAUCUCCAGAGGACAAACUGCUUUGCCCUGUCCUGUCCAAGAAAACGAACCACAGGAUCAAAAACUGGCCUGCUUGGAGUAUUUCGACACGCACAGCAUGGAGAUUGUAAGAGGAUGCCGAUCCAAUCCGGAUCUAUACUAUGAAUGCCUUUUAAGGAGUAAUCACCAAGAUAGUUGCCGCACUUGUCACACUAAAGCUUGCAAUAAUAGCCCUGGAAAGGAGUUGAGAGCCGGUUAUGAGAUAGAAACCAAGGCAAUCGCAUUGCUACAGGCCAGAAGUUUUUCAGUAUCUUUGACUUAUUUUAAAAUGGGCUACGGAAUAAUAUUGUUGUUCAGCGUUGUUUUAUCUUAUUGAUACUAUAAGUAAAUACUGGCUUUGAGA